AGAAGCUCCACCAUGAGGCGAGGUGGAUGGAGGAAACGAGCUGAAAAUGAGGGCUGGCAAAAUUGGGGUGAGUAUAUGGCUGCAAAGGUCCAGAAAUUGGAGGAACAGUUUCGAUCAGAUGCUGCUAUUCAGAAGGAUGGAAAUUCAUCUACGAUUUUUAGUGGAGUUGCCAUCUAUGUUAAUGGCUAUACAGAUCCUUCUGCUGAGGAAUUGAGAAAGCUGAUGGUGUUGCAUGGAGGCCAAUACCAUGUGUAUUAUUCCAGAUCCAAAACAACACACAUUAUUGCCACAAACCUUCCUAAUGCCAAAAUUAAAGAAUUAAAGGGGGAAAAAGUAAUUCGACCAGAAUGGAUUGUGGAAAGCAUUAAAGCUGGACGACUACUAUCCUACAUUCCGUAUCAGCUGUACACCAAGCAGUCCAGUGUGCAGAAAGGCCUCAACUUUAAUCCCGUAUGCAAACCUGAAGAUCCUAUGCCAGGUCCAAGCAAUAUAGCCAAACAGCUCAACAACAGGGUAAAUCACGUAAUUAAGAAGAUUGAGACAGAAAAUGAGGUCAAGGUCAAUGGAGUAAACAGUUGGAGUGAAGAAGAUGCGAGUCAUGAUUCCACAGAUGCGAGUCAUGAUUUCACUUGUGUGGAACUGGAGGAGAUCUUUCCGGGAUGGAAACAAAACGGAAUUCCGCAUCACAGAGACAGCCCGGCCAUUGUUAAUGGCCACGCUCACAGCUCUAACGGUGCCUUAAAGACACAGGAUUGCUUGGUGCCCGUGGGCAACAGUGUUGCCAGCAGGCUUUCUCCAGACUCUGGCCCGGAGGAGGAGGCGGCUGAGAAGGGCAGCACUGACUUCAGAGACUGUGCUGCGCAGCAGCUGCAACAGAGCAGCAGAAACGCAGCUGCUGUGCGGAGUCCACACAGGACUAAUUCCUGCUCAUCCUCAUCCUCUCAUAGUACCACGAAGAUAAAUGGUGCUCACCCAUCUACUGUUCAGGGGCCUUCAAGCACAAAAAGCACUUCUUCAGUACCUGCUCUUAGCAAGGCAGCACCUUCAGUGCCAUCCAAACCUUCGGACUGCGGUUUUAUUUCCAACUUCUAUUCUCGCUCAAGACUGCAUCACAUAUCAAUGUGGAAGUGUGAAUUGACUGAGUUUGUCAAUACCCUACAAAGACAGAAUAGUGGUGUCUUUCCAGGAAGGGAAAAGUUAAAAAAAAUGAAAACAGGCAGGUCUGCCCUUAAUGUAGCUGACACAGGAAAUAUGUCAGUAUUGAGUUCCCCCAGACAUCAGAGCUGUAUAAUGCAUGUUGAUAUGGAUUGCUUCUUUGUAUCAGUGGGUAUACGAAAUAGACCAGAUCUCAAAGGAAAACCAGUGGCUGUUACGAGCAACAGAGGCACAGGAAGGGCACCUUUACGCCCUGGCGUCAACCCCUACUUGGAGUGGCAUUAUUAUCAGAAUAAAAGCCUGAGGGGCAAAGCAGACCUGGCUCCUGGCCUCUGAUUUCUCCAACCGUUCCUCCACAUUCUCCAUGUGCCCGUCUAGUUUGUCAAGUUUUGAUGAGCAGUUCUCUACUUUGCCCUCCAGUGAGGACAGUGUGUCCCUGCAUUGCCCCGAAUCUCACAUGAAGCACCUCACUGCGCUCAUGGAGGGACCCACGCACUCUGCUGCACUGUGGACAAGCAGAAAUACCUGAUUCAGCAGUGUGGGAAGCUCGAGAUUCUGCACAAACAAAUGGAAUUGAUUCUGUUUUGUCAACGGCUGAAAUUGCAUCUUGUAGUUACGAAGCCAGACGAGUUGGCAUUAAGAAUGGAAUGUUUUUUGGGCAAGCUAAGCAGCUGUGUCCUAAUCUUCAAGCUGUUCCGUAUGAUUUUCAUGCAUAUAAGGAAGUUGCACGAACAAUGUAUGAGACACUGGCAAGCUACACUCACAGCAUCGAGGCUGUCAGUUGUGAUGAAGCACUGGUUGACAUCACCGAAAUCCUCGCAGAGACCAGACUUACUCCUGACGAGUUUGCAAAUGUUGUCCGUAUGGAAAUCAAAGACCAGACUAAAUGUUCUGCCUCUGUUGGAAUUGGAUCUAAUAUCCUCCUGGCUAGAAUGGCAACUAGAAAAGCAAAGCCAGAUGGGCAGUACCACCUAAAGCCAGAAGAGGUUGAUGAUUUUAUCAGAGGCCAGCUGGUUAUUAACCUGCCAGGAGUUGGACAUUCGAUGGAAUCCAAGUUGACAUCUUUGGGAAUUAAAACAUGUGGAGACUUGCAAUAUAUGACCAUGGCAAAACUCCAAAAAGAAUUUGGUCCCAAAACAGGUCAAAUGCUUUAUAGGUUCUGCCGUGGUUUGGAUGAUCGACCAGUUCGAACUGAAAAGGAAAGAAAAUCUAUCUCAGCGGAGAUCAACUAUGGAAUAAGGUUUACCCAGCCAAAAGAAGCAGAAGCUUUUCUUUUGAGUCUUUCAGAAGAAAUUCAAAGACGGCUUGAAGCUGCCGGCGUGAAGGGUAGGCGGCUGACUCUCAAAAUCAUGGUGCGAAAGCCGGGGGCCCCUCUAGAACCUGCAAAAUUUGGAGGCCAUGGAAUUUGCGAUAACAUUAACAGGACUGUAACUCUUGACCAGGCCACAGAUAGUGCAAAGAUCAUUGGAAAGGCUGUACUAAACAUGUUUCAUACAAUGAAACUGAAUAUAUCGGAUAUGAGAGGGGUUGGGAUUCAUGUGAAUCUGUUGGUUCCGACUCAUCAGACCCCUCCUUCGUGUCCCGGUCGCCCGUCGGCACAGUCCAGCCACUUCUCUGGGGGGCCACACUCUGUCAUUGACCUCUUCCAAGUUCAGAAAGCUAAGAAAUCCGCAGAGGAGGAGCACAAGGAAGUAUUUCUGGCUGCUGUGGAUCUCGAGAUAGCAUCUGCCUCUAGAACUUGCAGUUUAUUGCCAUCUUGUUCUACACAUCUGACAUCAACUGUCAGUCCUGUUACUAGCAAAGCUGAGUCUUCAGUGAAAUGGAAUGGUCUGCAUUCUCCUGUCAGUUUGAAAUCAAGACUUAACUUAAGUAUAGAGGUUCCAUCGCCUUCCCAGCUUGACCAGUCUGUUCUGGAAGCACUUCCUCCUGACCUCCGGGAACAAGUUGAGCAAGUGUGUGCCGUUCAGCAGGGAGAGCCACAGGGGGACAGAAGGAAGGAACCAGUCAACGGCUGUGACACAGGGACCCUGCCACAGCCGGUCGGGGCAGUUCUCUUACAAAUACCAGAACCUCAGGAAUCUGCCAGUGACACAGGAGUCAGUGUCAUAGCCCUUCCAGCACUUUCACAGGUGGACCCUGAGGUGUUCGCUGCCCUUCCUGCUGAGCUUCAGAAGGAGCUGAAAGCAGCAUUCGAUCACAGACAGAGGCAGGGAGAGCACGCCACUCACCAGCAGCCAGCCAGCAGCACAGCUGUGCCAAAGAAUCCUUCUCUUCAGCUAAAACCAGCAGGAGCGAAAGAAAAGAAAAGAAACAAGAAAAAAAAACCCAUCAGCCCCACGAAAAAGGUUCAGAGUCCUUUGAAAAACAGGCUGUUUAGCAGUCCUGCGAAAUCUCUGCCAGGGCCCUGCGGGAGCCCCCAGAAGUUAAUCAGUGGCUUCCCGAAACAAGAAGGCCCUGCGUGCGAAAACCCCCCGGGAGAAGUAACUGCUUCAGCUUCAGGCGAGCCCAGCCUGGCCGACUUGCACGCUGACCUGUCUGGCUGCGCUAGACCACCAGCACCUAACCUCGCGGGCGCUGUCGAGUUUAAUGAUGUGAAGACCUUGCUUAGAGAAUGGAUAACGACUAUUUCAGAUCCAAUGGAGGAAGACAUCCUGCAGGUCGUGAAAUACUGUACGGAUCUGAUUGAGGAGAAAGAUUUGGAAAAACUGGAUCUAGUCAUAAAAUACAUGAAAAGGCUGAUGCAGCAGUCCGUGGAGUCGGUUUGGAACAUGGCGUUUGACUUUAUUCUUGACAACGUUCAGGUGGUUUUACAGCAGACUUACGGAAGCACGCUGAAAGUUCCAUAAACCGCGAGGGAGCCUGGUGCUCUCCGCUCGCUGGCCCAUAAGUGCUUGUGAGGUGUUUGCAAAGUGCAUGGUAGUAAUGCUCUGAGUUUUUAUAAUUUUAAAUUUCUUUUUAAGCAAGUGUUUUGUACAUUUCUUUUCAAAAAGUGCCAAAUUUGUCAGUAUUGCAUGUAAAUAAUCGUGUUAAUUCUUUUACUGUAGCAUAGAUUCUAUUUACAAAAACGUUUGUUUAUAAAGUUUUAUGGAUUUUUACAGUGAAGUGUUUACAGUUGUUUAAUAAAGAACUGUAUGUAUAUUUUGUACAGGCUCCUUUUUGUGAAUCCUUAAAAAGACUCUAGAAAGCAAAUGCUGAACUACUGUUUAUUAUACUUAAGGGCUUAAAAACCUGCGGGCCACACUGUUACAGGCUCUGUGCUCACCUUUGAAGUUCCUGAGAGGUCCCACACCAGGAUCCCAUGCGUUCCAAGCAAGGGUAAAGCUUCUGAACAACCUUACAUUUCUCCUCCCCAAGCAUGAACAUAAGUGAAUGCUAAUAAAAUCUUUAC